UCUCGGCCGUAGUGCUUGUUGAGUGGCUUGAACGUGUAUUGGAGACUAGAGCCGAUGUCAAACUGCCAGCAAGAAUAGCAACAAAAGGCUGACUCCCAACUCUCUUCGAAUAAAAACUAUUCCAAAGCAAAACAUAAUCUUUUUUACGAUUAACUUAUUCGAACAGCAGGCAAAAUGACAUCAAGAAAACGAAGUGGCAGCGGCUCAACGAAACGUCCCAAGGAAAAGGUUGUUUACAUAUAUGAGCUGCUAUGUCGCGGCGAGGAUCCCAGUGCGGACAGUCCAGAGUUCUGGAACGAGUUCUUUUUGCUGCAGCCGAACUUCGAGUCGCUCGAGGAUCAAGUCAGCAAGUUAAACAGUGAACAGCUGCAGCUGGUGAAACCCAAUUUGAAUACGCUCUUUCAGAAAUGUAUCGAGAUGCUGGAUACGGAGAAGGAGGAUCAUCCGAAGCGUUUGGUCAACAGCCUCCAAACUUUGUGCUCCCUUUUUUAUGGCAUAUAUAAAAAGUGCAACACAGAGCCCAGCUCGAACAUCUUAAAUGAAAUCUUUGGCCACGAAACAAUGGACGAAUGGCUGAAGCUGCUCAUGCAAUACUGCAAUCGCAUUCUGCUCGGCGAUGUCACCGAGAAUGCGCGCUUCAUGUGCCUGAAACUGUUGCUCGUUCUUGUCACGGGCACCGAUGUUGGCCAGAAUGUGCUUUUUGAAUAUCUGAUGAUGCACAGUCUGUUCGAUGCCUUUGUGCGCCUGCUCAGCGAUCCCACAUUUCGCACACAGCAUGGCCAUGAUAUUGUCAUAUUGCUUACGAUCUUGGUGAACUAUCGCAAGCACGAGGCCACCAAUCCAUAUGUGGUACAGCUUUCCAUAUUGGCCGAUGAGCUGGCAUUGAAUGGAUAUGGACAAAUGAUCUCACAGUCACUGAUCGAUUUCUGCCGGCAAUACAUGCAGAGUCUGAACAAUGUGCAAUCCUCAUCGUGGUUCUCCUCGCUCUCCAACAUGGUUGGCAACAUGUUUGUCUCCGAUGAGGGCUGUGAGCGUGUGCAGCAGAUUAAGGCUAACAAUGGCCUAUUGCUGGCCCUCUAUGAGGCAGUGCAUCUUAAUCGCAACUUUAUUACAACUCUGGCGCACACACAAGCGGAGUCGAGUGCGCCGCCAUCGCCCAGUAACACUUUGAGUCUGACGCAGCCGACGCCUGAUUUGGCGAAUGCGCCCAUCAUUGAUAUGACCCAGUAUCCCACAAAUUUGCUAGUGGCAGUCUUUCAAUAUUGUUCAAUUGUGAUGCAGGACAAUAAGAACGAGUCGAGCAUCGCCAAUUUGAAGCUGUGCUUUCUCAUACUCACCUGCAUAUCGGAAGAUCAGUAUGCCAACUCAAUGAUGCACGAUAACAAUCUGACGUUUAAGGUGAUGCUGCAUCGGGCCCAGAUGCGACAUCGCAAGCUGAACAUCGAUCGUGUAGGCAAAUCGCAACCCUUGGCGGCCACGCUUCUCGAUCUUUUGGUGGAGUUCAUUGUGUCGCAUUUAAUGAAAAAGUUCCCCAUGGAGUUGUAUCUGCUGUGCAUUGGGGUCAUCCAUCGCAUACUCUGCUAUCAGAAACGCUGCCGCGUUCGCCUCAAUUAUCCGUGGAAGGAGCUGUGGUCAGCGUUGAUUGGUCUGUUGCGUUUUCUGGUCAAUCAGGAACAGACGCUGGUCAAAAAGUGCAAUAUAUUCCAUUUGUCGCUUCAAGUGGUCAACAUAUUCAAUCUCUUCAUCACAUUUGGCGACACAUUCCUGGCCACCACAAACAGCUACGACGAACUCUACUACGAGCUAAAUCGCGAGGAAAAGGUCUUUACAGAAAUCCAUGCCAUGGUCUUACGCUAUACAACGAUGCCGGAAUGUGAAUACAAAGAUGAUGUGAUAAAGCUACUCAAUGCCUUGGUCAAUAUACUGGCCAUUGUCAAGCAUUUCCAAAACAAGAUCAAGGAGUGGCUCGCCGAGCAGGGCUUGUCCACGCCCACGGAGGAGCAAAUACUCGAUGUUGUGCGCAAGAAUUAUGAUUUAACGUUGAAGCUGCAGUACUCAUUGGAUCAGUACGAACGUUAUGCUGAGGCUCCGCUGCACAGCAGUUUCUUUCAGGCCAUGGUGCGUGACGUGGUCAACGAUACACGCAAACACAUUUACGGCUAUGUGAAGGAGGCUGUCUCCGUUAUACCAGAGCAGGAGGUGCUCUUAGCUGGAGUUGGAACAACCACAGCGACAACAACAACGACAUCCACGAGCACAUCGGCAGUGACGGCGACAACGACGAGCACAUCGUCCACGUAGGAGCUGACUGGUUGCAAGACUGCUGUUAAAUUGUUUCCUGGAGCAUAUAGUUAUGUAAUUGUAUCCUUAAUUCAAUUCAAUCUCUGAAAGCAUACACUCGAUGUAAUCUUUAAGAUUUAAAGUGCUUUGCCGAGCUUUUGUUAUUUUUCGUUGUCAAGCAGUGCACUUACAUACAUACAUAUAUAAUUCAUAUACAUACAUCAACUAUACACGUACAUAUAUAU